AUCAAUUUAACACAAAUUAGAGGGCUAACUAUGCUAAAAGAUCUUUCAUUGUAUUCGUCGUUGAAGAUCUCUCCUUCUCCAUCACUUCGAUCUGACCCAACCAAACCGAAGACGAAGAAGAUUGAAGAGCCGAACUCUGCUACUCUCUAUUCUUUCUACCUUCUCCUCCUCCUCCGCGCCUUUGCUCUAUUUAUUCGAAGAAAGAGAUGAAAGAGAGCAAUGAUGGAUUUAAGAAUGAUAAGCUCUCAAAAUCUUCAUCUGUCAACUCUCUGCCUCUCAUAUUGGACAUAGAAGAUUUCAAGGGGGACUUUUCUUUUGAUGCAUUGUUUGGAAACUUGGUGAAUGAUCUCCUUCCCUCUUUCCAAGAAGAAGAUACAGAUCCAUCUGAAGGACAUAGCAACAUCAACGGGAGUGAUGCAUUGGCAAAUGGUCAUUUACGAGGGCCACCGGAUGCAGCCAAAUCAGCACAAGGAGUGUCUGGCCCACUAUUUCCUGAAGUGGAUAAGCUCUUAUCUUUGUUCAAAGAUUCUUGUAAGGAAUUGGUUGAUCUUCGGAAACAGAUUGAUGGACGACUUAAUAGUCUUAAGAAGGAGGUUUCUUCACAAGAUUCUAAGCACCGGAAAACACUCACUGAGCUAGAAAAAGGUGUAGAUGGCUUGUUUGAUAGCUUUGCAAGAUUAGAUUCACGUAUUUCAAGUGUUGGACAGACGGCUGCUAAAAUUGGAGAUCAUUUGCAGAGUGCAGAUUCUCAGAGGGAAACUGCUAGUCAGACAAUAGAACUAAUAAAGUACUUGAUGGAGUUCAAUGGCAGCCCGGGUGACCUGAUGGAACUUUCUCCGCUAUUUUCUGAUGAUAGCCGUGUUGCUGAGGCUGCAUCAAUUGCUCAAAAAUUAAGGUCAUUUGCAGAGGAAGACAUUGGAAGGCAAAGCAUAACUGUACCAUCAGUUGCAGGCAAUGCAACAGCUAGCAGAGGACUGGAAGUUGCAGUCGCUAAUCUUCAGGAUUAUUGCAAUGAACUGGAAAACAGAUUGCUGUCUCGAUUUGAUGCUGCAUCGCAAAGAAGGGAAUUAUCUACUAUGGCUGAAUGUGCUAAAAUUUUAUCUCAGUUUAACAGGGGUACUAGUGCCAUGCAACAUUAUGUGGCAACUCGUCCAAUGUUUAUCAACGUGGAAGUCAUGAAUGCAGAUACAAGAUUGGUUCUUGGUGACCAUACUUCACAGGCCACUCCUAGCAAUGUUGCUCGUGGGCUUGCUUCUUUGUACAAAGAAAUCACAGAUACUGUACGUAAAGAGGCUGCAACAAUUAUGGCUGUUUUCCCUUCUCCUAAUGAUGUCAUGGCUAUUUUAGUUCAGCGAGUUUUAGAGCAGAGGGUUACAGCCCUUCUGGACAAACUAUUAGUGAAACCCUCUCUUGUAAAUCUACCUCCUAUGGAAGAAGGUGGACUUCUUUUGUAUCUUAGAAUGCUGGCAGUGGCUUACGAAAAGACUCAAGAACUUGCUAGAGAUCUACGUGCCGUGGGAUGUGGUGACUUGGAUGUUGAAGGCCUCACAGAAUCUCUGUUUUCUGCUCACAAGGAUGAAUAUCCUGAACACGAGCAGGCCUCACUUAGACAACUUUAUCAAGCGAAGAUGGCAGAAUUGCGUGCUGAAAGCCAGCUAUCUGACUCAACUGGAACAAUUGGGCGCUCAAGAGGAGCUGCAGCAGUGUCUUCUCACCAGCAAAUAUCUGUCACUGUUGUGACAGAAUUUGUGCGGUGGAAUGAAGAAGCAAUUUCCCGAUGCAGUUUGUUUUCAACUCAGCCUGCUACCCUUGCAACCAAUGUUAAAGCAGUGUUCACUUGUCUACUGGACCAAGUCAGUCAAUAUAUAACAGAGGGGCUUGAAAGGGCUAGAGAUGGUCUUACAGAAGCUGCGGCCUUGAGGGAAAGAUUUUUACUGGGCACUAGUGUUAGUAGAAGGGUGGCUGCUGCUGCUGCAUCUGCUGCAGAAGCUGCUGCUGCUGCUGGGGAAAGCAGCUUUAGAUCUUUUAUGGUUUCUGUGCAACGUUGUGGCAGUAGUGUGGCUAUAGUUCAGCAAUUCUUUGCCAAUUCUAUAUCUCGGCUUCUCCUACCUGUGGACGGUGCGCAUGCUGCUUCUUGUGAAGAAAUGGCAACAGCUAUGUCUAGUGCAGAAGGAGCGGCCUAUAAAGGCCUUCAACAAUGCAUUGAAACUGUCAUGGCUGAGGUGGAGCGGUUACUUUCAGCCGAACAAAAGACAACGGAUUAUCGUUCACCUGAUGAUGGAAUAGCUCCUGAUCAUAGGCCAACAAAUGCUUGCACAAGAGUGGUAGCUUAUCUUUCCCGUGUACUAGAAUCUGCAUUCACAGCUCUUGAAGGCCUUAACAAACAAGCAUUUCUCACUGAACUGGGAAACCGCUUGCAUAAAGGGCUGCUUAAUCAUUGGCAGAAGUUCACUUUUAAUCCCAGCGGAGGUCUGCGGCUGAAGCGUGACAUAACAGAGUAUGGAGAAUUUGUGCGUAGUUUCAAUGCUCCUUCCGUUGAUGAGAAGUUUGAGUUGCUGGGCAUCAUGGCCAAUGUCUUUAUUGUUGCUCCUGAGAGUCUCUCCACUCUAUUUGAGGGUACUCCAAGUAUUCGGAAAGACGCACAAAGGUAUUACUGGUGGUAUUAUGAGGAUUGUGUUUUUCCCUCCUCCUUACAUUGUGACAAACUUUUAAUUUGGCUUCCACUCAGGUUUAUUCAACUGAGAGAGGACUACAAAAGUGCAAAACUGGCUGCUAGGCUAAGUUCCUUGUGGCCAAGUUCCAGUUGAUGAAGUAGUGUGCUGAUUUAGAUCAAGCAGCUCAUUUGAUGAGGAAGCUGGCAGUUAAAGACCAAGUUUUGAUAAUUCCUUGAGAAUUAAUUUAAGAGUUCAUUUUCUUGCCGGCGGCGAUAGAUUACUUCCUUGCCCCACUUCAUAUUUCUUCUUUUUUCCUAUAUUGAUUUCUCCUAUUUGUUGAGUGUAUAUUUGUGGAGGUACAAGUAGGAAGAUGUGAUAGAUUUAUAGCCUUGAACGUCGAAAGCUUUAUUUAUGUCCCUAGUUCCUGCCAAAUAUUAUUUGCCUGAAAAUUCAUAGACAUGGUAUUCUGGUGUGUCCUUGAACUCCUUGUAAAUGAUUCUUUGGAGAGUUAAUGAUAACAAUUAAAGUAGUGUUGCUUAGUGAA